GCAUUUAGAGAAGUUGCUGUUAAAUUAUUGGUUUUGAUUCUCCUAGUUACCUCCAGCUUCGAGAAACAACAAUGGCGGAGGAAUUCAAUCGUGAUUUUGAAUGAACUGGCCGGAACAUGGUCGCCGGCGAAAUCCCUCAGCCAUUACGCCUUUCAACACGGUGAUUGAGAUAAUCAGAGACAUGAUUCUAUUGAUAAGUGAAUUAGGACAAGCAUGUCACUGAUUUCCCGUAUUGGUCAUGGCCACAAGACAGCUUCGUGUCACCUCUCGAAAAUUACCUCCCAAGCUUCUUGUUUUUAUUCUCUUGAUAGUCAUACCAAUUUCUGUGAUAGGUAUAUGCAUUCAUGGUCAGAAAAUAUCCUACUUUUUCCGUCCAGUUUGGGACAAUCCCCCUCCUCCAUUUGAACGCAUACCUCACUAUUAUGCAGAAAAUAUUUCAAUGGAACAUCUCUGCCACCUACAUGGUUGGUCCAUACGCUCAGAACCUCGUCGAAUCUUUGAUGGUAUCAUCUUUAGCAAUGAGCUAGAUUUGCUUGAGAUCAGGUGGCAUGAGCUUGAUCCCUAUGUUUCCAAAUUUGUAAUCCUUGAGUCAAAUACUACUUUCACAGGCAUUCCCAAACCUCUAUUCUUUGCCUCAAACCAUGCCAGAUUUGACUUUGCCAAGGACAAGAUUGUCCAUGGUGUAUUUCCUGGUCGAGUUGCAUUCCAUGGGUCACAUGAAGAACCUUUUGUUCUUGAAUCAGAGCAGCGUGGGGCUAUGAAUGGGUUGCUCCGCCAAGCAGAGAUAUCCACAGGAGACCUACUAAUAAUGUCAGACACUGAUGAAAUCCCAAGUCCGCACACUUUGAAGUUACUGCAAUGGUGUGAUGGAAUUCCCUCUCUCUUGCACCUUGAGUUGAGGCAUUACAUGUACUCAUUUGAGUUCCCUGUGGAUUAUAGCAGCUGGCGUGCCUCAAUCCAAAUUUAUGGUCCUUGGACUAGGUAUCGCCACUCACGCCAAACCAAUCUUAUCCUCUCUGAUGCAGGAUGGCAUUGCAGCUUUUGCUUCCGGCAUCUUGAAGAAUUUGUCUUUAAGAUGACUGCUUAUAGUCAUGCAGACAGAGUGAAGCAGAAAGAUUUUCUGGAUUACUCUAGAAUACAGAGGAUUGUUUGUAAGGGAGAUGAUCUUUUUGAUAUGCUCCCUGAAGAGUACACCUUCCAGGAAUUGAUUAAGAAGAUGGGUUCAAUACCUCAUUCAGCUUCAGCAGUUCAUCUUCCUGCAUAUGUGAUAGAGAAUGCAGAUAAAUUUAGGUUUCUUCUUCCCGGGGGCUGUUUAAGAACAUCAUGAUAAGGUUUUUCCAUUCAACUCCUGAAGAAAAAUACUAAGCUUACACGUUUCAGUAGAUAGUGCAGCCUUCUUAUUAGUCCAUUCACUCCAUUAAAGUUAGGCCUUGAUGCCUAAUUUUCCUAGAGGAUGCAAGCCGGUGGUGUAGGCAUUACGACCUUUCUUCAGGUAACUUUUGUUAUCAAGAAAAUGAUACCUUUCCAUAAAAUUAGUGCCUACUUUUUACAUGUGAACAGUGUCAGGCGGGCUGUGAUAUUUAAGUGAAGUUGUUCUUUUUUUGCACGCACUUUGUUUCAAGCUAUAAGCAUCUGGUUUUUUCGGUUGGUGCAGUGGAGUUCAACAUAAUGGUUUUCGGCUUACAGUUUUUUGUAAAAUGGAAAAUGGUAUUGUGCUAGAACCCAUCACUUCAUCCUUGACUGAUAUUUCAUUGCAAUUUUACAAUGUGGGUUGGGGGAUGGGAUUGCAAUUACAUGGACUUGAACCCAGGUCCUAAUGCCUACCACAGAGGCUGAUCAUCCACCAAGCCUUUUCACAGAGAAGGUUAACUGGGAAAAUCUCAUUUGUGAACUAAUUAAGUGGAAAUUUGUGAACGUUGGGACAAUUCUAUUUCAUUAU